AUGGAUAAUGACGUUUUAAAAAUGAAUUCAGAAGUCCACAAACCCGGAACCAGAAUAUUUAAAAAGUCUACACCAAAUGGAAAGUUGACAAUCUACCUAGGGAAAAGAGACUUUAUGGACCAUUUAACUCACGUGGAUCCCAUAGAGGGUGUUGUAUUAGUGGAUCCGGACUAUGUCAAACAUAGAAAGGUAUUUGUACAUCUUUUAGGUGCGUUCUGGUAUGGCCGGGAUGAAGUCGAUUUGCUUGGACUGAACUACCAUAAAGAUCUUUGUCUGAUGACUAAACAAGUGUAUCCACCAUUUGGCUCCAAGGUAUUGAAGUCUCAUAUACCAGUUCUUUUAUCUGAAAAUGGAAACGCUACUGAGCUGUCAUCAAAUUUACUAAACAAGUUCACUGAACCUCCGGGACGCACUCGAUUACAGGAACGUCUAAUUCGAAAACUUGGUUCAAAUGCUUUUCCUUUUUACUUCCAGCUUCCGGCUUAUUCACCUGCCUCUGUGUCCAUACUACUGAAUCCGUCUGAUCGUGGAAAACGUUGUCGAGUUGAAUAUGAAUUAAAGGUGUAUGUAGCUGAUGAUCAGGAUGAUAAGCCACAAAAAAGGAAUUCCGUGCGUAUGGCCGUUCGUAAAUUGACAUAUGCACCUAAUGAACCAGGUCAACAACCGUCAGCUGAAUUAUCACGAGAUUUUCUUAUGAGCGUAGGUAGUCUUCGAGUAGAGGCUACUUUAGAUAAAAACAAAUAUUUCCAUGGAGAGAAAAUUUUUGUCAAUUUACUUGUGGAUAAUAAUUCGAAUAAAACAAUUAAACGUGUUAAACUGUCAGUUCGACAGUAUACUCAAGUUUAUGUGCAAAGCCCUAUUCACUUCAAAUGUUCGGUUGACGAGAUUCAGUCGGAAGAACGCUUUCCUAUUCUACCUAGUCAAACUGGCUGGUGCAAAGUUUAUCGACUGUGUCCAACGUUAGCCUAUAAUCGAGAUAAAACUGGUGUUGCAAUGGAUGGAGAUUUAAAACAAGAAGAUACUAAUCUAGCAUCUUCCACAAUUACACCUCUUAAUUCAACUAAUCGAGAAUUAGUUGGAAUUAUUGUACAGUACAAAGUGAAAAUACGAUUAGUCCUUGGAUUUGGCAUCAGUGAUGUUUGUUUGGAGCUGCCAUUCAUUUUAACACAUCCGAAUCCAGAUUCCUCUAACAUGAAUGGCGAUAGACAAGAUGAUGAACUUAUUUCAUCAAUCACAAGUGAACCAUCAUUAAUUGAAAAAACACCAAAUAAAGGAAAUUCACUAAAUUUGGGAAAUGCUAAAGUCAAUCCAGGUACAUCGGAAAUCAGACAAUCAAAUGCUCUUAUGAAUAUAACUCCAUUAAGUUUACAAAAUACUACUGUUCCACAAAUUAAUCCAAUUUCCCUGAAUUCUCAACAAAAUAAUUCCAACGAUCCUAAACAUUGUGAUGCAAAUCGUCGUAUGAAUGAUUCAACCCAGUCACCACAAUUUGUAAACAAAGCGUUUGUUCCUAUUCACCACCUGUAUGGGAUCGUAAUUUUCAUUUACUUUUCUCCGGUUUGCGACCAUCAGCUCGACGCCCAUCUACUGUUGGCACACAGUCUACCUUAA